GUCCCGGCCUGGAGCCCUCGCCCGGCCGGGCGGCGCGCGCUGCCUGCCGGGAUACUCGGCCCGCCCAGCCAGUCCUCCCGUCUUGCGCCGCGGCCGCGAGAUCCGUGUGUCUCCCAAGAUGGUGGCGCUGGGCUCGGGGUGACUACAGGAGACGACAGGGCCAUUUCCCUUCGCCAGGACCCGACACACCAGGCUUCGCUCGCUCGCGCACCCCUCCGCCGCGUAGCCAUCCGCCAGCGCGGGCGCCCGCCAUCCGCCGCCUACUUACGCUUCACCUCUGCCGACCCGGCGCGCUCGGCUGCGGCCGGCGGCGCCUCCUUCGGCUCCUCCUCGGAAUAGCUCGCGGCCUGUAGCCCCUGGCAGGAGGGCCCCUCAGCCCCCCGGUGUGGACAGGCAGCGGCGGCUGGCGACGAACGCCGGGAUUUCGGCGGCUCCGGCGCUCCCUUUCCCGGCCUCGUUUUCCGGAUAAGGAAGCGCGGGUCCCGCAUGAGCCCCGGCGGUGGCGGCAGCGAAAGAGAACGAGGCGGUGGCGGGCGGAGGCGGCGGGCGAGGGCGACUACGACCAGUGAGGCGGCCGCCGCAGCCCAGGCGCGGGGGCGACGACAGAGGGGAGGUAUGGUGUCAAGAAAACAUAGUCACCAUUAUUAUGAAAAUUAAAAUAUGGAAGAGAUGAUCCCUACCAUCAAUCAGCUUACAACUAGAGGCACUGACAAAUGUAUACAGAUAGCUGUAAUGUAAGGUUAAAAAUCUGUAAGAGCCUGAUUUUAGAAUUCACCAGCUCCUCAGAAGUUUGGCGAAAUAUGAGUUAUUAAGCCUACGCUCAGAUCAAGGUAACAGCUAGACUGGUGUGACAACCUGUUUUUAAUCAGUGACUCAAAGCUGUGAUCACCCUGAUGUCACCGAAUGGCCACAGCUUGUAAAAGAUCAGGAGAACCUCAGUCUGACGACAUUGAAGCUAGCCGAAUGAAGCGAGCAGCUGCAAAGCAUCUAAUAGAACGCUACUACCACCAGUUAACUGAGGGCUGUGGAAAUGAAGCCUGCACGAAUGAGUUUUGUGCUUCCUGUCCAACUUUUCUUCGUAUGGAUAAUAAUGCAGCAGCUAUUAAAGCCCUCGAGCUUUAUAAGAUUAAUGCAAAACUCUGUGAUCCUCAUCCCUCCAAGAAAGGAGCAAGCUCAGCUUACCUUGAGAACUCGAAAGGUGCCCCCAACAACUCCUGCUCUGAGAUAAAAAUGAACAAGAAAGGCGCUAGAAUUGAUUUUAAAGAUGUGACUUACUUAACAGAAGAGAAGGUAUAUGAAAUUCUUGAAUUAUGUAGAGAAAGAGAGGAUUAUUCCCCUUUAAUCCGUGUUAUUGGAAGAGUUUUUUCUAGUGCUGAGGCAUUGGUACAGAGCUUCCGGAAAGUUAAACAACACACCAAGGAAGAACUGAAAUCUCUUCAAGCAAAAGAUGAAGACAAGGAUGAAGAUGAAAAGGAAAAAGCUGCAUGUUCUGCUGCUGCUAUGGAAGAAGACUCAGAAGCAUCUUCCUCAAGGAUAGGUGAUAGCUCACAGGGAGACAACAAUUUGCAAAAAUUAGGCCCUGAUGAUGUGUCUGUGGAUAUUGAUGCCAUUAGAAGGGUCUACACCAGAUUGCUCUCUAAUGAAAAAAUUGAAACUGCCUUUCUCAAUGCACUUGUAUAUUUGUCACCUAACGUGGAAUGUGACUUGACGUAUCACAAUGUAUACUCUCGAGAUCCUAAUUAUCUGAAUUUGUUCAUUAUCGUAAUGGAGAAUAGAAAUCUCCACAGUCCUGAAUAUCUGGAAAUGGCUUUGCCAUUAUUUUGCAAAGCGAUGAGCAAGCUACCCCUUGCAGCCCAAGGAAAACUGAUCAGACUGUGGUCUAAAUACAAUGCAGACCAGAUUCGGAGAAUGAUGGAGACAUUUCAGCAACUUAUUACUUACAAAGUCAUAAGCAAUGAAUUUAACAGUCGAAAUCUAGUGAAUGAUGAUGAUGCCAUUGUUGCUGCUUCGAAGUGCUUGAAAAUGGUUUACUAUGCAAAUGUAGUGGGAGGGGAAGUGGACACAAAUCACAAUGAAGAAGAUGAUGAAGAGCCCAUCCCUGAGUCCAGCGAGCUGACACUUCAGGAGCUUUUGGGAGAAGAAAGAAGAAACAAGAAAGGUCCUCGAGUGGACCCCCUGGAAACUGAACUUGGUGUUAAAACCCUGGAUUGUCGAAAACCACUUAUCCCUUUUGAAGAGUUUAUUAAUGAACCACUGAAUGAGGUUCUAGAAAUGGAUAAAGAUUAUACUUUUUUCAAAGUAGAAACAGAGAACAAAUUCUCUUUUAUGACAUGUCCCUUUAUAUUGAAUGCUGUCACAAAGAAUUUGGGAUUAUAUUAUGACAAUAGAAUUCGCAUGUACAGUGAACGAAGAAUCACUGUUCUCUACAGCUUAGUUCAAGGACAGCAGUUGAAUCCAUAUUUGAGACUCAAAGUUAGACGUGACCAUAUCAUAGAUGAUGCACUUGUCCGGCUAGAGAUGAUCGCUAUGGAAAAUCCUGCAGACUUGAAGAAGCAGUUGUAUGUGGAAUUUGAAGGAGAACAAGGAGUUGAUGAGGGAGGUGUUUCCAAAGAAUUUUUUCAGCUGGUUGUGGAGGAAAUCUUCAAUCCAGAUAUUGGUAUGUUCACAUACGAUGAAUCUACAAAAUUGUUUUGGUUUAAUCCAUCUUCUUUUGAAACUGAGGGUCAGUUUACUCUGAUUGGCAUAGUACUGGGUCUGGCUAUUUACAAUAACUGUAUACUGGAUGUACAUUUUCCCAUGGUUGUCUACAGGAAGCUAAUGGGGAAAAAAGGAACUUUUCGUGACUUGGGAGACUCUCACCCAGUUCUAUAUCAGAGUUUAAAAGAUUUAUUGGAGUAUGAAGGGAAUGUGGAAGAUGACAUGAUGAUCACUUUCCAGAUAUCACAGACAGAUCUUUUUGGUAACCCAAUGAUGUAUGAUCUAAAGGAAAAUGGUGAUAAAAUUCCAAUUACAAAUGAAAACAGGAAGGAAUUUGUCAAUCUUUAUUCUGACUACAUUCUCAAUAAAUCAGUAGAAAAACAGUUCAAGGCUUUUCGGAGAGGUUUUCAUAUGGUGACCAAUGAAUCUCCCUUAAAGUACUUAUUCAGACCAGAAGAAAUUGAAUUGCUUAUAUGUGGAAGCCGGAAUCUAGAUUUCCAAGCACUAGAAGAAACUACAGAAUAUGACGGUGGCUAUACCAGGGACUCUGUUCUGAUUAGGGAGUUCUGGGAAAUCGUUCAUUCAUUUACAGAUGAACAGAAAAGACUCUUCUUGCAGUUUACAACGGGCACAGACAGAGCACCUGUGGGAGGACUAGGAAAAUUAAAGAUGAUUAUAGCCAAAAAUGGCCCAGACACAGAAAGGUUACCUACAUCUCAUACUUGCUUUAAUGUGCUUUUACUUCCGGAAUACUCAAGCAAAGAAAAACUUAAAGAGAGAUUGUUGAAGGCCAUCACGUAUGCCAAAGGAUUUGGCAUGCUGUAAAACAAAAUAAAACAAAAAAAAGGAAGAAAAAAAAAGAAAAAAUUUAAAAAAUUUUAAAAAUAUAACGAGGGAUAAAUUUUUGGUGGUGAUAGUGUCCCAGUACAAAAAGGCUGUAAGAUAGUGAACCACAGUCGUCACCUAUGUCUGUGCCUCCCUUCUUUAUUGGGGACAUGUGGGCUGGAACAGCAGAUUUCAGCUACAUAUAUGAACAAAUCCUUUAUUAUUAUUAUAAUUAUUUUUUUGCGUGAAAGUGUUACAUAUUCUUUCACUUGUAUGUACAGAGAGGUUUUUCUGAAUAUUUAUUUUAAGGGUUAAAUCACUUUUGCUUGUGUUUAUUACUGCUUGAGGUUGAGCCUUUUGAGUAUUUAAAAAAUAUAUACCAACAGAACUACUCUCCCAAGGAAAAUAUUGCCACCAUUUGUAGACCACGUAACCUUCAAGUAUGUGCUACUUUUUUGUCCCUGUAUCUAACUCAAAUCAGGAACUGUAUUUUUUUUUAAUGAUUUGCUUUUGAAACUUGAAGUCUUGAAAACAGUGUGAUGCAAUUACUGCUGUUCUAGCCCCCAAAGAGUUUUCUGUGCAAAAUCUUGAGAAUCAAUAAAGAUGGAAGGGAGAAAUUGGAAUGUUUUAACUGCAAGCCCUCAGAACUUAGUAACAGCACAACAAAUUAAAAACAACUCAUGCCACAGUAUGUCGUCUUCAUGUGUCUUGCAAUGAACUGUUUCAGUAGCCAAUCCUCUUUCUUAGUAUAUGAAAGGACAGGGAUUUUUGUUCUUGUUGUUCUUGUUGUUUUAAGUUUACUGGGGAAAGUGCAUUUGGCCAAAUGAAAUGGUAGUCAAGCCUAUUGCAACAAAGUUAGGAAGUUUGUUGUUUAUUAUAAACAAAAAGCAUGUGAAAGUGCACUUAAGAUAGAGUUUAUUAAUUACUUACUUAUUACCUAGAUUUUAAAUAGACAAUCCAAAGUCUCCCCUUUGUGUUGCCAUCAUCUUGUUGAAUCAGCCAUUUUAUCGAGGCACGUGAUCAGUGUUGCAACAUAAUGAAAAAGAUGGCUACUGUGCCUUGUGUUACUUAAUCAUACAGUAAGCUGACCUGGAAAUGAAUGAAACUAUUACUCCUAAGAAUUACAUUGUAUAGCCCCACAGGUUAAAUUUAAUUCAAAACAUGUUAAACAUUACUUUCAUGUACUAUGGAAAAGUAAAGUACAAGUAGGUUUACAUUACUGAUUUCCAGAAGUAAGUAGUUUCCCCUUUCCUAGUCUUCUGUGUAUGUGAUGUUAAUAAUUUCUUUUAUUGCAUUAUAAAAUAAAAGGAUUAUGUAUUUUUAACUAAGGUGAGACAUCAUUGAUAUAUCCUUUUGCUACAAGCUAUAGCUAAUGUGCUGAGCUUGUGCCUUGUGGUGAUUGUUUUAACUGAUUACUGUAGAUCAACCUGAUGAUUUGUUUGAAAUAAUUGGCAGGAAAAAAUGCAGCUUUCAAAUCAUUGGGGGGAGAAAAAGGAUGUCUUUCAGGAUUAUUUUAAUUUUUUUCAUAAUUGAGACAGAACUGUUAUGUACCAUAAUGCUAAAUAAAACUGUGGCACUUUUCACCAUAAUUUAGUGGAAAAAGAAGACAAUGCUUUCCAUAUUGUGAUAAGGUAACAUGGGGUUUUUCUGGGCCAGCCUUUAGAACACUGUUAAGGUACAUACGCUACCUUGAUGAAAGGGACCUUCGUGCAACUGUAGUCAUCUUAAAGGCUUCUCAUCCACUGUGCUUCUUAAUGUGUAAUUAAAGUGAGGAGAAAUUAAAUACUCUGAGGGCGUUUUAUAUAAUAAAUUCGUGAAGAAAUGUGUUCUCUUCAGUUCUCAAGUUUUAUUAUGAUGGUAUUAAAGUUCUACAAUUGUAAUAAUGUAUCCAUAUGACAAGUUUUAAAGUAAUUGAAAUAAUAGGUUAUCAGAUAUAGAGUUCACAUCAGGUAGACUUUUAACAGAGUCAAAAUGAACCUACCCUUAAAAUUUUAGAGGAAAAAAAAUCAUCGGUUGGACAGAGUAGCUGCUCUAGCUUGCUUAAUUAUGCUGGGCAUGUUGUCAGUCCUCUGACUUUUGGUGCCUUUUCAUUACUAUUUAUUUAAUGGAAUGUCCCUGAACAAUAAGGAAGAGCAAAACAAACAUAGAAAUUUUGACUAUACUGGAUACUUCCUCUACCCCAAAUAUUAUGUUAUAAAAGUACUUUUUUUGCCCAGGUACUCUAUUUUAUGUAUUUUGGUUUCCUUUGAAUUAGACUUCAAUCUCCAGGAAGCUCUGGAAGGAAAAAAAGGAACCAUAAACUAAAGUAACUGGUUUUCCAAAUAAAUGUAAACUUUUUUUUAACCUUUUAUUAUUAUAGAACAUUUCAAACAUCAUAAAACAUGAAAACAGCCUGCAGCCAAACUUUUCUGGACCUUGGCACCUCCAGCAAAUGAGCUGGUCAUCCUAACCCUGGUUUCCUGAGACAACUACUUUUGGGGAUGCUUGCUUGUAUAGGGAGAUACAUAUCAAAAAGAAAAAGGCUUCAAACAGAACUUGCUGAUGUUACUCAUCCCUCCUCAAUACAGACAUUCUGUUAGAACAGAUGGUUGUAAUGGGGCAGCAUCACUCCCUGUUCCCAUUAAAAACAUGACCAUUCUGAGAUUUCAAGCCCCUUUGAGGAAUUUUUCUCAAGAAUUCCAUACAAACUAUCAGAGGAAGAAAUGUCGUCCCAAGACUAGUCCCUCUGUAGUCUUGAUCCCUUUACCCCUUUACCUGCUUACUGUAAUUUUUUUUCUCUUUCCACCAGUGUCUAAGGGCCAUCUGUACCCCUCCCAUCCUUCCAUGAGCCACUAUAUAAUCCAAAAACACACCUUCCAUUUGCUCCCUCACUUUUGUCUCCUUUUACCUCAACAGUUUGUUAGUGUGUAAAGAAUUGCCUGGGGAGGGUAGAGGGUUUUACAAGUACAGAGUCCCAAGUCUUUUCUCCCCUCCCUGUUAGUGGGUUGGCAUUUGUUAACAGCCGCUGCAAGAUUUUGAUGCAGGUGUGGGGUAGAUAGCACUGUGAAAGGCUACUAAUCCAUGGUAGUUUCACCGAAAGUACAGUCUUCAAGGAUCCUUAUAACCUCCUCAUUGCCAAAAUCAGUAACAUCUAUAACCUUGACAACACCCUAGCUUGGGCUGUUGCUUCUCUGGCUACUUGUUUUUCCUUCCCAGUUUACCCAGAUUUUAGAUGAUGGAUACUCCUCCGAUUUUGCUUAAAGUCCUUACCUGUUCUUGCCCAGUUCUCUCUAGUGAACCUCAGUCACGCCCAAAGAUUCUUCCCCAGUUCCCUGUCUUCUGCUCAGACCUCUGUCUCUAGGAUCUCUUUCUGUUACCUCAAAGUCAGUAGGCGUAAAAACGAAAUUCUUCAUCUUGCAUCUCUAUCGACCAUUCUUUGUUUCUUUUUAAGAAGUGUAACGUUCACCCCAGUCAUCAAAAUAUCUCAUUCCUUAAUUGUCACAGGUUGUCACUUCUUUCCCCCUAAACCUCUGCCGUCAUUCCUUCUUUCUUUAUACUGCCCUUACAGGUCCUGAUCCUCUGACUCACCCGGACUUUCUUAGCAGCUGCCUAAUUUAACUCCCUGACUCUCAUCUCCCUCUUCCAAUCCUUCUCAUUGUGCUAGAACACCAUCUUGCUAAUUUUAAUAUCCUCUGCAUUCAGUGCCUCCACAGAUUGUCCCCUCACUGACCUUUCCAAUUUGGCUUUGUGUUAUACACUUUUCUCCCUGCAUUCCUACCCAGCAUCUUCACUUGUCAUAUUUCUCAAAUACUCUUCAUGCAAGAUAAAGUACUUCACCCAUGAAGACUUCAUCAACCCCCAAAGUGCCUCCAUUGCUUCCGUGGUAGCACAGCAUAGUGGGGUACAUUUCUUAGUUGAACAGUGAGGAGUCACUGGGAUUCUUACGGAGUGUCUUAGGGUCUCCUCUUGAUACCCUUUCCACAUUUCAGUUAAGGAAUUUUCUUAACGUUUUUUUUCUCUUCUAAUAACCUUUGCCUAGAGUGUAAGUAAAUUCAUGAUAGAGAUUGUCAUUUUUUAAAAAAAACCAUUUUGCCUUUCACAUGUUAUUGCCUCCAUCUUUCUGUUAUCUUGUCAGUGUUGCCGCCUAAAUGACUGAAAACGACCCAGCAUGCAGUAGAAUGUAGUGAAGUUUCCUAUUUCAUCCAUUUUUUGCAUAAGUGCAUUGGUAUCUGUAUAUCCAUCUGCCCAAGCACCAGUUGUUGAAAAGACUAUUAUUUCCCCAUGAAUGGUCCUGGUACCCUUGUCAAAGAACAGUUGACCAUAAAUAUAAGACUUUCUGGAUUCUCAGUCUUACUCCGUUGCCCUAUAUGUCCAUCGUUAUACCAGCACCGCACUGUCUUGAUUGCUGUAGCUUUGUAGUAAGUUUAGAUUUGGGAUGUGCAAGUCCUCCAAUUUUUUUUCCAAAAUCAUUUUGUCUAUUUUGGGUCCCUUGCAUUGCAUAUGAAUUUUAGGAUCAUUGUGUCAAUUCCUGCAAAACAGCUGGGAUCUUGAUAGGGAUUUAGUUGAAUUGGUAGAUAAAUUUGAGAAAUAACUGCCAUUUUAAUGGUGUUAGGUUUUCUGUUCCAUGACCGUGGGAUGUCUUUGCAUUUGCUUGGUCUUUAGUUUAUUUCAGUGAUGUUUUAUAGAUUUCAGUGUGCAAGUCUUGACAUCUUUAAUUUUUUUCUAAGUAUUUUGCUCUUCUUGAUGCCACUUUAAUUAUAUAUUUUCUAAUUUUUAUUUUUGUAUUCAUCACUGGUGUUAGAAAUAAAAUUGAUUUUUGUAUAUUGAUCUUGUAUAUUGUAGCUUUUCUAAAAUUCUUUUUUUUCGUCACUUAGUAUUUUUUGCAUAUGAGAUCAUGCAUCUGUGAACAGAAAUAUUUCUACUUCUUCCUUUCCAGUCUAGAUUCCUAUUAUUUCAUUUUCUUGCCUUAGUGCGCUGGCUAGCACCUCCAGUACAAUAUUGGAUAGAAGUGACAAGAGCAGACAUCUUUUUCUUGUUCCUGAUUUUAAGGGGAAAGCAUUCAGUCUUUCACCAUUGCGUAUGAUGUUAGAUGUGGGUUUGCUUCAAGUUGAGGAAAUUCUUUUAUUAAACCUAGUUUACUGAGUGUUUUUUAAUAAAAAAAAAAAAGGAGGGGCUGUGGGUUUUGUUAAAUGCUUCUUCUGUAUCAAGAUUUUCAUGUUGUUUUGUCCUUUAUUAAUAUGUUGUAUUAAUGGACUUUUGUAUAUUGAAUUAAUUUUGCAUUCCUGGGAUAAUCUCAGUUGUCCAUGCUACAUAAACCUUGUUCUAUGCUGCUGGA